GAGCCCUUUUUCUUAAUUUCUGGGCCCUCUCCCCGUUCAUACCGUGGAUGAUGUAACAAGCGCUCGGUAUCACUGUGGUGUCCUGCUCUUGUGGAGUUAGAUAAGAAUGAAGAUCCCAGAGCAGAAGGAGCAUCCACCAUCUGUUUGAAGAGAUGGGUCUUAACGAAUCUGUCAAAAUCGACAAAUGUACGCGAUGGAGGAAUUUGGCCCCAAAUACCUGCUGAUGCCGCUGUCGGCAACCAAAAGACUCCCAAAGAGGGUCCUGCCUGUCGCCCACAUGCCUACUAAUAGAUUUAAUGUAUUCAGCCCAGCCUCGUUUUAUUUCAGAUAUAAUUUCAAUCACCAGAUUUAAUACAUUAUUUGCAGUGAUUGCCUCCUGAUUUACCCACUUGAACAGCAAAAGGAAUGCAUUAAGGAAGGCUGAGCUGCCGUGCUUUGCUGGUGUCCUGAAUGUGAGCUGUUUCUCCCGUUACUCACCAGCAGCUCAGACCUUUUCCACCCACCAAGUUUCACUGUUUUCCACGUAGCAGCUGCAUCCCCCUUAGUACACGCCGCGCUCCGUUGCACUAAUUCACUGGGCGCCUUGCAAGCUUGUCUCAGCUCUUGGUGGCUUUGGAGUGUGUUGAAAGUCGUCGGGAUGCAGAUGGGCUCCGCCAGGAAAUGAUAGCGGGACGAGAUCGGCUGUGGGAACGGCUUGCUGAGGUCUGGCUGGGCUGCGGUUGCCCGUAACUCUGCUGGAGGAGAGGUGUGUGAUCCUGUCUCACUCGAUGUGCUGGCUGGACUACAAGAGGAUCUCCUCAUUGCCUGGGAAAUCGAAUUUCCCCAUUGUUCAGCUGUAAAAUAGCUGCACAAGGCCGUGAUUGGCAAAGGACUGGAUCACCCAGGUUGCUUGCAUCACGUAGGCAGCUGCCACCAAAAUGACACACUUGAUUGAAGGCCAAAAGAACCAUAUACGUAACUGCCUGUGAUUAAGCUCCAUAUGAUGCCUCAGAGCAAGUAAAAACCCCUCCUUCAUCUCAUCUUGUUUGUAACAAGACAACCGUUGCAGGGAUAUCAUUUGGGUCAUGUUGUGGCUUUUGGGGGAUUUCUUAGUUUUGUUUUGGGUCUUGUGUUUUUGUUGGGGUUUUUUUUUUUUUGCUUCUGGCUGUAAACUUCCAUGACCUGCAACAAUCUGCCGUUGCACCCUCCCGCGCUGCCCCAUGAGAGCCUGGUGCUGUAGGUGUGCUGGUAGCUGGGAAUACAAAUUUUAUCAGGGAGAAGAUGCCAUUCCAUCAUGUAACAGCUGGCUUGUUGUACAAAGGCAACUACCUGAACCGCUCGCUCUCCGCUGGCAGCGACAGCGAACAGCUAGCGAAUAUCUCUGUGGAGGAACUGGAUGAAAUCCGUGAAGCUUUCCGGGUGCUGGACAGGGACGGGAAUGGCUUUAUAUCCAAGCAGGAGCUGGGCAUGGCAAUGCGUUCCUUGGGAUACAUGCCCAGUGAGGUGGAGCUGGCAAUCAUCAUGCAACGCCUUGACAUGGACGGGGAUGGCCAGGUUGAUUUUGAUGAAUUUAUGACUAUUCUGGGACCUAAGCUGGUAUCAUCAGAAGGCAGAGACGGCUUUCUGGGAAAUACAAUAGACAGCAUAUUCUGGCAGUUCGACAUGCAGAGGAUAACACUGGAAGAGCUGAAACACAUCCUCUACCAUGCCUUCCGGGACCACUUAACGAUGAAGGACAUCGAAAACAUCAUUAUCAAUGAAGAGGAGAGUUUAAAUGAAAACUCUGGCAACUGCCAAACAGAGUUUGAAGUGCACGCCCAGAAGCAGAACAGACAGACCUGCGUACGAAAGAGCCUUAUCUGCGCGUUUGCCAUGGCCUUUAUUAUAAGUGUGAUGUUGAUUGCAGCCAACCAGAUCCUGCGAAGCGGCAUGGAGUAGCCUCUCACCAUGACACUGUGACCCAAACUGACCAUGCAUGCGCAUGCCACCGGGUGAACUUCCCCCGAACCGACUCUCACACGGCAAAGAGACAGAGGCGGGCAGAUAAAGCACCAUUCGACAAGGAGCCUGAGGCCAGCAGCGUAAUGUGUCUUGUGAAUCAACUACAUCCUUUGGCAGGGACAUAAAAGGGCUGUCUUAAUGCUUUAAAGGUUUUGUUUCCUAAUGCAAUAAAAAAAAAAUAUACAGGAGUCCCGAAUUAUUGCUUCAAAACAGCAAUGGUAACUUGGAAGAAACUUUCAUCCAGGAGCCUGUUUUGCAGUUUUAAGGAAGCGCAGCCUCAUGACUCGCUGCAGCGGGGCUGCCUUUUAAUCUAGGGGCCGACUGACUAUUCCGCAUAGCUCUCCGCUGGGCCCACAUUCCCAGGAAGUUGAUCGUAGCAUUGCCAGAAGCAAGUUCUGUUUGUUUUAUUUCAUGUACUCCAGCUUCACCUUCUUUUUCCCUUAUGACCAUGCCUUUGCGUUUACGGCAUUAGAGGGGAGCUAGAGAUCCUUGUACAGUAUUUUCAGAGUAAAAAAGAGGAGAAUUUGCCAGCGUCAUACAAAAUUUCUAUUUUUGCUUCGUAAACGCCACCUUUGGCACAAGACUGUGGGGUAGCAUGAGUCCAUUCGCCAUUUUUUCCCAACCGUGAAUCAGGGCUUGAGAAGCACCACCCAUUUUCACAUAUGGGCAUUUCUGAGAUUUGUGCAGUCUUCCAACCAACUCUGCAACCACCAGCGCCAACUAAAACUCACUCUAUUUGGUCCCGUCUGCGUAUUCAACAACAUUCGUUUUCCAGUAGUUUUGCCCUUCUAUAUUGGUCUUCAAUAACCUUAUUUGAGAUGAAAAUAAUGAGGAAAGCUUAGAAAAAGCUUUCCUCCCCUCUCCUUGCCUGCACAAUUUAUAUUUAUUUAUUUAUUAAUGUGCCCUGGUUGUAAUCUGAAGUGAAACUUCGCUGUCAGACACCUUCUCGUGGGAGAGGUUGUAUUUUCGCCUACAUGGUAGUGUGUGGUUUUGACCAGCCAGCUGCUCUGGUCCCAGGAGCCAUCCUGCCAUCAGCACCACCACCCCAUGGGCAGGCUCCAAAGGUGGCUAGCUGAAAAGCAGACUGCAGCGAGAGAAGGAGGAAUCAAACUAGAGCCUACUGCCAUAUGUUACGUAGUGCGUCAGAUUUUCAGAUCUUGCAAGUGUUAGUUGUUUUUCCUGGAAGAGAUUUUAAUGAGCAGCAAGAAGAUGGAGUGAUGCAGACUAGAGACACAACACGUCCCAUGGAAAGCACAAAGCCUGGGCAAGCCUGGAGCCAGGAUUACAUCAGAAAGCAUUUUUCCUUUUAAACUUGACACAAAGCCUUGCAUUUACUUUCGGAUGAGCUCUGCACGUAUGUGUCACCCCAGGUGAGAUCUGGUUUCCUCGCCCUCAUGGGAGAAGUUUCCCAGCCAGUGCUCAUGGAGCCAGCGUGGGGAGCACUCCCAGGGAGGUCCACGGAGGCACCCGGGCAUUGGAGUUGUGGUGGCUUCGUGAUGCCGCAUGGGCGAGUUCCAGAAACACCAAGGAACAGCAAGGCCUUGCUCCUGCAAGUGUUUCCUAUGUCAUGAGAGGGGAGCAGGACGGCUCCCCAAGGGAUUGCAAACCACAGGCUUCCCUCAUCCUACACAGCAGCCAUCAACUUAAGCCUGGAUGUGUCCCAAAGACUCGUUUCAGGUCUUUCUUUGAUUACAAGUUCAACUGAUAACAUUUAACCUGUAUUUUUUAGUAGCCUAAUUUAAAAAAUCUGCUUCUCAUUUUUCCGUCUCCCAUCACCCCUUUAAACUCAUGUCACCGCUUUGGAUUUUGCCUUUAUGUUUGUGUCUCAGUCGCCCACCUCCACAUCAUUGCCAUUUGCCUGGUGCCUCCCCUCCAUCAUCAAAGACAACAUCCAUCUUUUCCAGAGCAGCUGAGUUACUUUUUUCUGCCUUUCACAAAUACACACUGUAUUUCUGUUCUGCUGUGACUAAUAGAGGUCAACUGCAAAAUAUUCCGCAAAAAAUUGCUGUCUCUCCCAGAAGAUGGAGAGAUUUAUGUUUGCUAUAGGGCAGCAGCAGACUUCAAUCCAACGGUAGAAAAAUCUCAGGCAGGCUCUGAGUGCGAGAUUCACACCGCUGGGGAGCCAAGGCACGCUCCCAGCUCUUGCUGCAGUGGACAUUACAGAUAAUGAGCUCUGAGAUUAUUUUAAGGAAACUGUCAUCCACAUUUUUAGGUCUCAGGGCUAUGUGAAAAUGUGGCAAUGGCAGAAAAAAAGAGUCUAAAUAUCACUUGCCACUGAGUAAUACUUAUUUUUUCCCCCGGGACUGUGUGGGAAUGAACACGGGCAGCAGGGGCAGAUGGAGAUGGAGAUGGAGAGGUGGAAGCCAACCCAUGAGCCCUGCUCAGCAACAGCAGAAACAUGGGGCAGAGUGGUGCCUCUUUGCUGAGCCCAGAAACACAAGCUAAAACACAUAGACCAGGCAUUUCUCCGCAUUGUUCUCACUUGACAGCUAAUACCAGGCAGACUUCAACUAUAACAGCUACCUUACGGGCAAGAUGAUCUUUUGCAUUCCUUUAAGCCUUCUGGAAGGCUCCAUAAUUUCUACAUGCAUGCGCCAUAAAAACCUUUGUAAAUACAGUCAUUUUUCAAUACAAUUCUUCACCUUGAAGCUCCAUUCAUAAAACCAAACCUAUACUUAAUAUAUCAGUAAAAGCCAUAGCCUGGUGUCAGUAGAGUUCAUUGCAAAACUCCCCACUGAUUUUACUGGGUACAGGAUUGGGGGCGGCAGUGGGUUUGCUUUUUCUGUAGGGAACCCAAUUUAUCCAUUGCGACUCAGUGUCAUGUCUUGCCAGAGGUCUCUUAUUCCUUCCUAGAACGGCCUUUCUCCACCUAAAGCCAUCUUGAAGAGAUCCCUUCCUUAAUCAGUCAGGCUCUUCUGGUAGCUAGUGGCAAUGCAGGAGGGAGCAGGCCGAGCCAUUUCAUCCUUUCCUCUCCCCACAACCUUCCUACCGACACCUUCCCAGCCUUCCCAGCCAGCAGCACUGGACCUGUGUCUCUUACCUGCCUCCCUGGCCCUAUUUAUGUAAUAUCCAUUUAGCUUUUUUUUUUCCUUCCACACAACAAGUCAAAAAAAGGGGGGGUUUUGUUGCUUUUACAGACAGUAAGUAAAAAUAGAGCAGUAAAAUUCUGAUUGGAACCUGAUGGCAAAAUCUUAGGGGGAAGAAAGUAGAAGAAUCAAAGAAAUAAAAAUAAAAAAAAAAACCCACACCCCAUACUUCAAGAAAAAAAAAACUAUUUAAGUGUUAAUUAACAUACUUUAAAAAAUGCCCAGACUGCAGCAGUGCUAGGUAGAGCUGUCAGAAAAAGCACUAAACUUAUGCUCUUGCCAGUUACAUGAGAAUUUAAGUGUCUUUUCAGCACUGCAAUUCUGUACGAAAAGGAUAUUGCUAUGGCAACCCUCGCUGUUCGUGACAUGUGUGCCACCGUGUCGGAGCAACGCGCAGCAAUUGCAGACACGCUCCCAGCCAAACCAAGGAUGGACAAACAGCUCCCAGCAGCCCAGGACAGCAUUUCAGCUCUUGAAUUAGCAAAUUAUUAGCAAAAUUGUGAGGACCCCAAAGACAACUCUGCUGGCUUAGCCACAAAAUUGUGAGCAAUUAAACAGAUUGACAUGCAGGGAAGGCUUUGAGAUGGACAUGAUUAUUUUAGCUUGAGAGAGGCUUUGGUUUGGUUUGGGAGCAAAUGAAAUCAGGGCAGCGUAAGCAGUGCUCAACACAGGCUGUCCUGUCCUUGUUCAGGACACUUUGGGCAGGUCCUUCAUGUAGGGAUCGACCUCUGGUAGGAAGGACUUGGGUUACUGCUCCCACAGAGCACUGGGCUGCAUCACUGAUAACCAUUGACUAUGACUUUAACCAUUGGCUUUAACUUUGAAGGCACAUCCUGAUUUUCUGCUCCUGGAGAAGCCAAUGGAGGGAAUGGCAGGCACGUGGCACGCUGAAAUACUUCGGAAGCCAUAGGGAAAUUAAUUCCAGCAAAAACUGCUGGAGGAACAUUGCUUACCUGUCAGGUCCAAAGCCAUACCAUAAGGUUAUCUGUGAAGAAAAUCACAGCUGAGGAGUCACCAGGCAGCACAAGUGCACCAUGUUGGUGGCAGUGGCUCUGGGGCACAAGCUCCUGCCCACGACAGGCUGUGCCACCUAAGGACUUCAGUGGGGCCUGACCCACUUGAUGAGUCCACCACUGAGAAGUAAUUUCUAAUUGAAGCAAUAUCAACAGAAAUUUAAAGAAUUAAAUUGCGUGGGAGACUGGGAAAAAUUGGUUUUUGUUAGUGGGCGUUUGGUCCUCAUGCUGUUAGAGGCCAUACAGGAUAAAAGAGAGUUGAAAAGCAAAAGUGAUCAUUUUUCAUGUUCAAUGGGUACCCACAAAUAUGCCAGUUACUGUUAGCAGACACCCUGUCCUGGUGAAGGUGCUCACAGAACCCCAGGACAAGGGUCAUCUGUGAGCAGAAGGGUGGGAGGUGGUAGGAGACCCAGCACCUGCCUCUGCUCCCAGGUGAGCUAGAGCGGAAUAUUUGGGUAUCAUCUGGUGGAGAGGUUUCAUAAGGCCUAUUCAGUGGUUAUUGGGAGCUCAUAUGUUGGAUAUGGUGCAUUGGUAGGGCUGGAUGUUGGUUGAUUUUGGGAGACUUCUGGCAACUUUGUAAAAGAAAAGAUACGUACAUAUCUUUUUAAGUUGGGGCCAAGUAAAUGGGGGUUUUUUUGGUCCUUCUCCCAUAAGAAAUAGAAUAGCAAGCAAGCAAAUCAAGAAAAGAUAGGAAGCAUUCCCAAGGAUGCUCCGCUGGAUGGCUGAAGUCUGGCAGACCUGGAUGAGCAAAGUACCUACUGGCAAACACUUUUUUCCAUGGCAAGCACAGGAAUAUUAUUUCACCAAACCACGCUGCAUCUUUCUGCCUGCUGCAGAAGGCCAAAACAUCUCCUGGGACACCCAGAGGACUGUGAUGGCCAUCCAGGGACCAGUGCUGGCUCUGCUCCAGGUGACACAUUGCUUUGCAAGGUACCUGGUACAAGAAGAAUCUCUGCUUUUUCCAUGACGGACUCUCUCCCCCUACACUGCAAGCACGUGCAUGGAGCAAGCAGCACUGCAAAGGGCUGUCAUCGCACAAAAGCGAGAGGUGCACAGUCCCGAGUCAGACUUAGAUCUGCAAGGAGAGAAGCAGUAGGAGGAAUACAUUAAGAUCACUAAGAAUGAAGUUCCCUAUUUUAUCCAACUGUGUAAUAAAUUAUUUAGUUUCUGCUUUAUGGAUGAUUAUUUGAAAGAAGAAAAACCAACUCUUCUAAAAUGAAAAUCUGAUGAAGUAUCUUUUUUCUUCGCUCUGAAUCAUGCUUACAUUCCACAGAAGAAGACGUACCGAACUUGCUGGUUUUCAAUCUAUUAUUUUACUGUACUGUGUUCUGACAGUGCAAUUAUAUUUCCCUGGCAUCACUUAAAACCUGUUACUUUCCCAAGAAUUUAACACAGAAAAGGAAAAGGCUCACAACAUUUUCAUCUCCAUAUAUUGUUCGUUGUUGUCAGGACUGGAUCUUGUUUUACUCUGGUUCAAGUAGGACAUUUUAGGCAGCUCUAGGAACUGUAGAAGCUUCACCAAGAGCAAGAUGGACAGAAAAUGUGACAACAUUUUAAUUGGAAUUGGACUCCACUCUGUCCUCUCUAGUGGCAAAAGUCUGAAAAACUGCUUCACUUUGGCAUCUUCACUAGGAAAGAAGUUUGGCCUCAGAAGCAAGGAGAAGAGGGAGAAAGGAGACAAAAUAAUCUGGAUCUUAAGAUCGGUAAUUCACAAUCUGAUGAUGAAAAUACCAUAGGGGAUUUUUUUUUUAAUAUUUUGUCAAGACAGACCAAAAUACUUUGUAGCCUUGAAGAGCAUUUCUAACUGAAAUUGCCAUUUUCCAAAUAAUUACUUUCUACAGAUGUUCAUGGCCGGUCUUUGCCAGCGUCAUAAGCAGCUUCAAACACUGCUAUUUUUACAAUGCCUUAGGUGAGAUCCAUAUUACAACUUUCUUUUAUCAGCUGGUCUUCUGUCUUCAUCAGCCAACAAUGAGCAACCCAUUUGAAGCUGUUGAGCUUGCUCUAGUAGCCACCUCUCUGGCCCUACCAGCACUCAAGCAUGUCUUGUCUCUCUAGUAAGCAGUCCUGGUAAACCCAAACCAUACAGCUGAUGUGUUUGCAGCAUCAGGCCCCUGGGGUUGCAUUUGACAUCAAUCUUCCAGUACAUGCCUCUGUAGUCAUAUUGCACCAACCCGAGACCGUAUUACGUUUCCUACCACCUCUUUCAGGGGAGCCAAAGUUAUUUCAGCUUCAUGCACCAGCUCCUGUUCUCUCAGAUUUUAAUUGGGAUGGUGGGUGGAAGAGAGAUUAAGUUCUUCAUGGACUCCAGGGUAAAUCAGAAGUAACUCAUUAGAGUUAAUUGACUUAAACUGGAAUAAGCCCAGAAUCCAUCCUGAUGCCAUUUAAUCCAUACUAGGUUCUAAGUAAUCAAUGCCUCCUGAUUCAUCUCUAGGAAGUUCUUCACUAAUACGUGCAUCUCCUUUUUGUCAUCAUUUCACCCCUCACUCUUUUCAAGCCAUUUUCAAGUUCAUUGCUAAACUGACCAUUUUUUGCUUGUUAACAAGAGACACGGCAUUUCAAUUAAAGACGACAACUCACAAAGUCAGCAGCAUAAUGGUAAAAAACAAAAACAAAAACAAAAACCUUUGUACAAAAUACUGUAAAUACUAAUAUAAAUUAACUUGGCAUGCAACUUAAACAAAUCCUAUGUUACUGCAAGUUACCCAAGUGUAUAAAGACGUGUAUAAAGGAAAACCGAAUGCCAUAUGUAUCGGCUGUUUCCUCUAACCAAACACUACUGUAAAUAUAUAAUCUGUAUAAAAAGAUUUUAAUUUUACCAUUAUUUAUGCAAUAGAAAUAAAGGUUUUUUUCUUUUGAUGAGG